GGUAGCUAACAGGUUAUACAAAGAAAGCCUGGUUAUGUUCAGCGAGAUUCGUAGGCUAGCCUAUAACCUACCCCACUGCUUCCUGCAAAACUCAAUCGAAGGAAAUGGAAUAUUGGGCCCAGAUUGAAAAUGGGAAAGAAGUUAUUUGUUAUCCUGUGUAUUGUGGUUGCCAUCUUUACCAUACUCUUUCUGGAAAAGGAUCUGUCUUGGCCAUCUGAAGGUCAUUUUAAAGAUUUUUAUUUUGAGACAUGGACUACAAACUCAAGCUCUACAAAUGGGAUUAAUGGCACUCUUAUUGACUCAGCUGAAUGGCUGUCCCUGAUGACGGAAAUUGAGUGGCCUCACCCCACUGAUGUGUUAACUUCAGUAGAUGUAGCCACUGACCCAGAUCAAUGCUCUUGCACUGUGAUUCAUCCUGAUGCAACCCAUAGAGUAGGAGACUAUGUAACUGUUGAAGUCUUUACAAGGGAUGCCAAGGGCAGGCGAAAAAACUAUGGGGGUGACUUCUUUCAGGCAAAGCUUUAUAAUACUGAGCUGAAAGCUAGCACAUUCGGCCAAGUGACUGACCACCGCAAUGGCAUGUACACCAUUCAAUUAGCCUUACUGUGGCCUGGCACAGCAACAGUCUCUGUGCGUCUGAUCCAUUCCAGCGAAGCAGUCCAUGUCCUGGCCAGGCAAAGAGACCAGGACCCGGACAAGGUUUACUUCCUGGGGCACUUCAGAGGGAGAGGCCUGGAGGAAACAGUGCAUUGCAAUGCCGAAAAGAGUCCCAGGCUCAUAGGGGACGGCAGCAACUGCUGCUGCACAUUCUCUGACCCGCUGACGGAGGAGACCUGGAUCUGUCGUAAGCCGAACAAGCUGCCCUGCAGUGCCUGGACUGAGCACAGCUUUGGGGGCUACCAGGCCAGGCUCUCGGGGUUGGAGUCAAGGCUUCUCAACAGGAGUUCAACUGACAUUACACUGCCAGAAUGUAAUAUAGUCCUUCAUGUUCAACAACAGACCUUGAAAACAUCACACAAAGGAAAGUGUUUGCCAGGUUUGGACACUCCUGUUCCUGCUGGGUUUUUUCUCCAGGAUAAAUGGAUGUCUUUGGUUUGUGAAACUCAGUCAUUCCCCUCAGUGGAACAGAUUUCUGCCUGCGUGAAGGACAAAUACAUUAUUAUGAUGGGAGACUCAACUCUGCGACAGUGGUUUGAAUACCUCCUUCAAACAGUGCCAACCUUGGAGAAGCUAAACCUCUUCACCUCCCAGAAGUCGGGCCCUUUUGUGGCGGUGGACAUGGCAAGCAAUAUUGUUCUUAAGUGGCAAGCCCAUGGCCUUCCAUUACGCUCGCACAAGACUCCCCGUGCCGACUUGCACUACAUUGCAAAUGAACUGGAGCGCCUGCCAGGGGGGGAGCACACCGUGGUGGUCUUCACCAUAUGGGCCCACUUCACCACCCACCCGCUGAGCACCUACAUCAGGCGCCUGUCCAGCAUUCGCCGGGCGGUGGUCUCUCUACUCCGACGCUCCUUCGGUCGCACCCUGGUCGUCAUCAAGUCGGCCAACACAGGGUACAAGGACGUGUACGGCAGCGACUGGCUGAGCUGGCAGCUCGACCGUGUGCUUCGCGCCAUGUUCCGAAACCUUCCUGUGGUCAUCCUGGAUGUAUGGCAGAUGACCUCAUGUCACUAUGCACCAGACCAUAUCCACCCUCCAACUGUGGUGGUGAGAAACGAGGUGGAGCUCUUCCUGUCAUUUGUGUGCCCAAACUAGGAAUGAGAGCUUGAGAGCAAGUGUGUGUGUGUGUGUGUGUGUGUGUGUGUGUGUGUGUGUGUGUGUGUGUGUGUGUGUGUGUGUGUACAGUAUGUGUGUGUGUGUGAGUGAGUCAGUGAGUGUACAGUAUGUGUGUGUGUGUGUGUGUGUGUUAGAGAGAGAGAGUGAAAGAGAGAGAGAGAGAGGUUAAGAGUUGACUGGAUAUUUUAAAGAAGAAUCCGCACACUUCAAGUCUUUGUGCAAAAAAGUUUAAAGCUUUACUGAGUGCUAGCUUUCGGUCGUUAGACCUUCAUCAGGCAGAGUGAUUAAUGGCAAUUUUAAUUAAAAAAAAAAAUGAAAUAUGAAAUAAAUAGAUAUAGCAAUAAAUACAAGUUGAAAUGAAUAAAUGAAAGAAUAAAUAAAUAAAAUGUGAAAUAAAUGAAUAAAUAAAAGGUUAAAUGUAAAACCUUAUAUACAUUGACAUUUACAUUCCAUGAUGCACGGUCUUGAAAUGCGCCAUGAAAUAAAUAAAUACGUCAGUCACCCAUCAAGGCAGGACCUAGCCACUGAUAGGUUGCUGCCAGGGGGAAACUUUUUUGUACUGUAUGAGAAGGAUUCGCCAAUGGAACGAAAUGGGAAAAAGUAAUAAGAAAUUAAUUAUAUUAAAUAUGAAUAUGAACAUGUA